UCAUUCAAGUUUGCUGAUGUUUAUUCUUGCACAUAUUUCACAAUGUUUUUCAAGUGAAUUAUGAAAGGAAAAUGUCUUUAAUAAACUUGUUGUGCUUAAGCGCUACCUAGGAGUUUAAUCAUAUAAUGAGUUUAUCCACUUUUAUGAACUUAAUAAUAAGUUCGUGCGGUGAAACUUUAUAUAGGUUAUGUAAGUGGUAUCCAAGCACCAUGAAGUUGGAUUGGUUUAUAAACGGUCGUAGCGACGGGUGCAUGGCCAUUUCCCCCCGGACUACGAUGUCGGAGGUUGCUAACGGUGACUUAGCUGAAGAAAACUGCUUGUUCGAUAUGGACGCUUGCUAUGAAACUUUUGACAAAGAUGGUGAUGGGAAGCUGAACUUCGAGGAGUUCCGGCUGAUCUGCAAGGCUCUGUUCCGCAAUGACAAGGGUCACAUAUACCAACUCCCAGAAGAGAGGGCGCGUCACAUCUUCCAGGUGUUUGACAAGAAUGCCGACGGCUUUGUGGAUAAAGAGGAAUUCACGUUCUGCUGGAACCAUUGGAUUAAAGUCAUUGUACGGCCAGUGAGCGCAUUCCUGAUUGUGGAUGUUCAGAACGAUUUCAUAUCAGGGACUCUCAACAUCAGCAAGUGUAACGCCCAACAAGAUGGUAGCGAGGUGGUGGAGCCGAUAAACAGACUGCUGGAGACUGUGCAGUUUGACUGCGUCUUCUACUCUCUGGAUUGGCAUCCCCCUGACCACGUGUCGUUCAUAGACAACGUACACAUGAGGGAGUUGCACCCCUCUUGUCCGAUACCAGCCGAUAAGGCUCAGGCGUAUGACACGGUUAUAUUCGCUGGGCCACCGCCGAUGAAGCAGAGACUCUGGCCCCGGCACUGCGUCCAGGACACUUGGGGGGCGGAGUUGCACAAGGAUCUGAAGGUAGUAGAAGGCGCCGUGAAAGUGUACAAAGGGACAAAUCCCGAAGUGGACUCCUACUCAGUGUUUUGGGACAACAAGAAGUUGACCGACACAAGUCUCAUUUCUCAGCUGAGGAUGCGGGGAGCGACAGACAUCUUUAUAUGCGGACUGGCUUAUGAUGUCUGUGUUGGCGCAACGAUAGCUGACGCCCUAUCGAUCGGCUACCGCGCCAUACUCAUUGAGGACGCUAGCCGCGGUGUGGACCUCGCCGACAUAGAGAAGACAAAGUCGAGCAUAGUGAACAACAACGGGGUCAUUGUCAACUCGGACGAGGUGCUAGCAAUGGUGGAAGGUCGUGACCGACGACCCGAGUUGGGCUACAAAUUGGCCAUGGAGCUUAAGAACGCUAUGGAAGACGAACAGUGAACACCCUGUAUUUAGUUAAGUUAUUUAUUUUUUAUUUUUUUUAUUGUUAUAAUGGCGUAAAAUGAAGAUCGCUCCGUCUAAGAAACUUUAAAAUUCU